AUGAAUGCUCAAGUAAGAACUGAAACUGAUCAAGAACAGGACAUGGGCGUAAGGAAGGGACCUUGGACCAUUGAAGAAGACUCCUUACUUGACCAUUACAUUUCCAUCCACGGCGAAGGUCACUGGAAUACAGCUGCUCGUUGUGCAGGGCUGAAGCGGACUGGUAAAAGCUGCAGAUUAAGAUGGUUAAACUACUUGCGCCCAAAUGUUAGACGUGGAAAUAUAACCCUUCAAGAACAGCUCUUGAUUCUUCAACUCCAUUCUCGCUGGGGCAAUAGGUGGUCGAAAAUAGCGCAGCAGUUACCAGGUAGAACAGACAAUGAGAUAAAAAAUUACUGGAGAACCAGAGUCCAGAAGCAGGCAAAGCAGCUUAAAUGUGAUGUUAAUAGCAAACAAUUUCGAGACACCAUGCGUUAUGUUUGGAUACCCCGGCUAAUCGAAAGGAUCCGGGCGGAAUCCGAAUCUCCCAUGGAUCAACCCAUCAUCAGCACUCCAACUUACUAUUCCAGCCAGAUUGAUAUCCCAGUUGCCGCCAGUAAAUCCGGAUCAGAUUUGAUGGAUCAGAAUUUCAUGCCCGAGAUAUCGGGCAUCUCAGACUCUUUGGAUGUCCAUGUUUCUCCCGGGUCGGACCUGACAGUUUCUCAAAAUCCACCCUGUGGUCACUAUUCAGACAGUAUGCAAAACGGGUCAGGUUCAUACCCGGAAAAUGAUUGUGGGUCGUGGGGUUGGUACCGGCAUGGUAUGGAUAUGCAAGGCGUGGAGCAAGAAAGAUAUGGAUUAGUAGGUGGCGGUGACUCAUUGGAGAACUUGUGGAACGAAGAGGAUAUUUGGUUCUUACAUCAACAGCUAAUGUGA